CUCUGCUCACUGUGGAUGUUUGACCCGGAAACACUUCCCCGUGUAGCGUUGUGAUGGCAAAACUGCACGGGUUAUAAAAACAAUAAAAUAUGUUUCUGUUACUUGUUUAAUAAUGGAGUAUCUAUGUAAUAGUCGAAUAAAUUCAAGAAUAGCUAGCCAGCGUUACGAAUGUUGCGCUUAUUAAACUUACGUUAACGUUAACGUUACAUUAGAAGCUUCUCGUUAGCUAUGUUAGCAUUCAGCUAACUGGCUAAACUAACAAGCAUAAGCGGUGAAACUCUUUAGAACUUCUGCAGCUGUUCUGGGGCCAGAGCUCUUUUCAAAAUGGACGUCAGCAUUGCCGUGUCGCUGAUUCGAGGCCAGAUGGGUGCCGUGGUGGAGCGAGCAGUGAACGUAGCGGUGGAGACGGUGCUGGCUGAGAUGCUCAAAGUGGUUGGAGUCAAGUUCGAGGAGCUGAAGGCCCAGUUGGCGCUGAUGAAGAGGGACGUCACGGCGUUGCAGAGGGAAAAGGCCCUGAAAGAGAAGGAGAACGACAACAUCCGGGCCAAGCUGCGCUACACCGAGCUGAAGCUGAAGUACUACAGGCAGGGAGUGGAGGAGGAGCUGCAGCAGAGAGCCUCUGCCUCCGCUCUGGUCCGCAUCCACCCGUCCACCUUCCAGCAAGCACAGAGAGGCGGUGCGGGUGUUUCCUCCACUGAGACCUCGCCAUCGUGCUCAACUCAGACCCGGAGCUCUGAGGCACUGCUGGCCAGAAGCAAACAAGAAUGCACCUCUCCACAGAGCACGAGCAGGCAUGCGAUCAGAGUGCGCUGUCACUCAGAUGCAGGGGCCGCCGGCUCCGACCCGCCGGAUUUGUUGCUGCCUAUCUCAAUCACUGUGAACACACCAACAGAAUCUGUGGACAGCAGUACAGUUUUGUUCUGUCCCGCAGAAGCCGCAGCUCAGAGCAAGGAUGAGGAGCAGGAGGGCGACUGUGAGUGGGCCGUCCCUCUGCAGCCGCAUGCAGAAGGCACGGACGCCAUCCCGGCCCCUCCACCGCUCCAGGUCUUGACUCUGGAUCCGGGGGAGCAGCAGCCAGUCGCCUGCUCGUUGACCCCCGAUGUUUCCCCUCAGGCCGAUAGCUCCACUCUGCCCCCUUCUGCUCCACAGUCCUGGUCGUCUCCUGUUGCGAUGCAGGUGAAGCAGGAGGUGGAGGAGGUGAUCUGUAUCAAGGAGGAGCCGGAGGACGAGCAGGAGGUGAUGGCCACCCUGCUCGUGGACUGUCAGGUGCAGCAGGGUCAUCUUCCAGAGUCUGAG